AUGGCUUGUUUACCUGCAGAAGAGUCUGGUGGCAUUAAAGCCACGUGCCUGAGGACUGCCUUCCUGGAGCCCGCCUGGGAACCCGUGCCGUGCCCUCGGCGGCGGACGCUGCGUCUCUCCUGGUCUGCUCCAGCUCCUACCCAAGGUCCAGCAAGUGCUGGGGCUGCAGGGCCACCUCCUGCUGCCAAUGUCUCAAGCAACAAACGGCUGCAGCAGACGCAAGCCCGGGUGGAUGAGGUGGUAGACAUCAUGAGAAUGAACGUGGACAAGGUGCUAGAAAGAGACCAGAAGCUCUCUGAGCUUGACAACCGGGCAGAUGCAUUGCAAGCAGGUGCCUCUCAGUUUGAAACCAGUGCAGCCAAACUGAAGAGAAAAUACUGGUGGAAAAAUUGCAAGAUGAUGAUCAUCCUUGGUGUAGUAUGCGCAGUCAUUCUCAUUAUAUUUAUAAUUUAUUUCUCCACUUGAAAAAGCAAAGAAGGAAGACUUGGCACAACUUUGUUCGUAUCGACCAAUGAUAUCAGUGUUCCUUUGUUGAACUCCAGUUUUUAAUUCCUGGUGUCUUGGGAUUUUUGCUUGUAAUAACCCAUAAGCAUUCAGUGUGGUGUGUUUUGCAAUUCUGUUGUUUCCACAAGAAACUGUACCAGCUAAAUACUGCCAAGUAGUUCCAUACACUGUCUUAUCGCUGUGUCUUAAAAUGUGUGUAUGCACUGACAUUCAGAAACUGUAGUAUAUGGAAAGCAUCCUAAACAUCUCGGAAUCAGAGAAUGCAGCUAUGGGGAAGCUCCUGCUUAAAGGACACUGCCAGGUGGAUUGGACCCAAACCUAAGGUUGCAGCAAACAUUAGGGCCAAAAUUCUCAAUCUGAGCACCUAAAGUUGGAUGGCAAAAUCCAUUAUCAGAUGUAACUUUUUGAGGUAGUGAGUAUCAGCUGCUCCCAUUGAAGAGAGUGAUGCUUACAAGUAUUCAUGUAAGACAUCUUAUUUCAACUUAGGCAACCAA